AUGUGGAUGUCGAUGGCUCGGCGGAGGAUGGGCCCUCUCCCCCCGGCCGCCCUGGUCCUCCUGCUGGCCCUGAGCGCCGUGUGUCCGGCCACGGUCAGCGACCCCGAGGAUUACGCCGCGGACGAGGCGGAGCGGAGCGCGGCCGAGAGCAUGGUUUUCGAUGACUACCGGGGCAAAGGCUGCGUGGACGACAGCGGCUUCGUCUACAAACUCGGGGAGCGCUUCUACCCGGGACACUCGAACUGUCCGUGCGUGUGCACGGAGGACGGGCCCGUGUGCGACCAGCCCGAGUGCCCCAAACUGCACCCCAAGUGCACCAAAGUGGAGCACAACGGGUGCUGCCCGGAGUGCAAAGAGGUUAAAAACUUUUGCGAGUACCGAGGGAAAACCUACAAAAUACUGGAGGAAUUCAAGCCGUCGCCCUGUGAAUGGUGCCGCUGCGAACCAAAUAAUGAGGUGCACUGUGUGGUGUCUGACUGCGCCGUCCCAGAGUCCGGGAUUGAAGUCAAGGUGGACGACUGCACCAUCUGCCGUUGCCACAAUGGGGACUGGUGGAAGCCGGCUCAGUGUUUGCGGCGGGAGUGCCUCAACGGCCAGUCGCUGUCAUAG